AUGCUCGACCUCCAUCACCAAGGAUUCCCCCAACAAAAUCCAUCAAACGCAAAUUCUGAAGCGGAAUUGAUGCAAUACAUUGUAGAUUUACUCAAUCAUGGAAUGAGAGAGAACGCUCUAAUUGAAUUAUCAAAACGAAGAGACUCGUUUCCUCAUCUUGCUCCCGUGUUGUGGUUUUCAACAGGUGUUAUGUCUGUCUUGCUUCAGGAAAUUGUUUCAGUGUAUGAUCUUUUAGAUCCACCAACACUCACCUCUUCUGCUUCCAACAGAGUUUGUAACGCACUUGCGUUAUUGCAAUGUGUGGCCUCUCAUCCGGAAACACGACCCUAUUUUCUAAAUGCCCAUAUCCCAUUGUUCAUGUAUCCCUUCUUAAACACGGUUGCUAAAAGCAAGUCAUUCGAAUAUUUAAGAUUAACGUCUCUAGGUGUGAUAGGUGCACUGGUUAAAUCUGAUGAGGAUGAUGUCAUUAACUUCUUACUUCCAACUGAAAUUAUUCCUCUUUGUCUCCGUAUUAUGGAGAGUGGAACUGAGCUUUCGCAAACAGUAGCUACAUUUAUUAUCCAAAAGAUUCUGCAUUUUGAAAAAGGUUUGAAUUACAUUUGCGCCACCCCUGAGCGUUUUUAUGCUGUUUGUACAGUUUUCGGAAACAUGGUGAACGAUAAUCCAUCUUUUAGACUUUUAAAGCACAUUAUUAGAUGUUACUACAGAUUAUCAGAUCACACCAAAGCUAGAGAAGCGUUGACACAAUGUCUACCAAAAAGUCUUCGAGACAAAACGUUCCAACAGUUUUAUGACACUGAUGUUGUCUUAAAAAACACAAUACUAGGAAUUUUACAAAGAAUUGGUGACAUGGAAGGAUAUCAGAGAAUACUUAAUUGA